GGUACGGGCGGCUCCCGGGGCACCUCGCUGAGGAACCGGGAAAGUUUUUGAGCCUCCCACUCCCCUCCUCCUCGGCGGCGGCUGCCUGGCGGCCGUUCCCCCCUCCACCUCCCCGUUCUCCACCUCGGCGGCGCCCCGCUGCUAUGGCACCCGCCCGUCGCCGCGGGGCGAGCAGGGGGAGGCCGCCUCCGGCUGGGCGUGAGGCGGUGGCGGCGGCGGGGGGGCUCGCAGCCCCCGGUCGGCGGGCGUCGUCCUCCUCCUCCUUCUUCUUCUCCUCCUCCUCCUCCUCUGGCCGGCAGUGACCGCCCCGGCCCCGCUCCCUGCCGCCUCGCCAUGCCUUCCCCCUGCCCGCCUCUCGCUGAGGACGGGCGAGGGCAACCGCCGCCGCCGCCCUCUCACUCCUCCCUCAGCCAGCCGCCUCCUCUUCCUCCUCCUCGCCGGAGAAGCCCCAUGUCCUGCGCGGGCCGAGGGGACGCCCCGCAGCUCGGCGCGCCCUGAGGGCGGCGGAGGACACCCCGCACCUCCCCACAGGGCACGAUACAGAACUAUGAUAGCAACCGGAGGAGUCAUAACAGGACUGGCUGCCUUAAAAAGGCAAGACUCUGCCAGAUCUCAGCAACAUCUCAAUCUUGCCGCCGCACCAGCUUCUGAGGAGAAGAAACCGGUUCGACGCCGGCCCAGGGCAGACGUGGUGAUUGUCCGGGGCAAAAUCCGUCUCUACUCCCCGUCGGGAUUCUUCCUCGUUUUGGGGGUGCUGAUCGCAUUCCUGGGAAUUGCAAUGGCCAUCCUUGGAUACUGGCCCCAAAAGGAACAGCUUUUAGGAUCUGAAGAGAACCUGUCUGUAAACGAAACCCAGGUCCUGAGGAGCCAAGGGAGCCUUUUGCUUCGUUUCUUCGAGCAGCACGUGCACUCAGACAAGAUGAAGAUGCUGGGCCCUUUCACUAUGGGCAUCGGGAUCUUCAUCUUCAUCUGCGCCAACGCCAUUCUGCACGAGAACCGUGACAAGGAAACCAAAAUCAUACACAUGAGGGACAUCUACUCCACCGUCAUAGACAUCCACACGCUGAGGAUCAGGGAGCAGAAGCAGCUGAGCGGUGCCUUCACUGGCCUGUUGGGGGAAGGAGAGCUGAGGCCUAGCGGGAGCUCCUGCGCCUCACGGCUGGCUGCCAACACGGUCGCGCCUUUCUCCGGCUUCAAGGGUAAUUUUCGGAUGGAUAGCUCUGCCGAAGAAGACGAGGUGACCCUACAUGAAGACAGGACCACCGGUGGCCUCCUGCCACCUCUGCUGACUGAGCAAUCUGGGUCGGUCUUUGGACUCUACCCUCACUCCAGCAAGGCUGCAGAUGACAAGAACGCCGGCUCUAUAAAGUGCGAAACAAAAUCCAUUGUGUCAUCUUCCAUUAGUGCUUUCACGCUGCCCGUAAUUAAACUGAAUAACUGUGUCAUUGAUGAGCCCAGCAUAGACAACAUAACCGAGGACUCGGAGAUCACCAGGAGUCGGUCUAGAAACCUGUCUAUGGAUUCUCUGGCCAUUCCACUGACUGAUACCAACGAGUCCUACAGACCGGUCGCCGCCGUGCUGCCGCGACACAAUUCCUUUGUGGACGCUCCGUCGGAUCAGUUCAAAUCUUCUAUGACUCUGGGACCAAGCACAGGAAAGCUUUUGUCCCCUGGCGCUGCCAGGAAACAGUUUGGGUCCAACACGUCUUUGCAUCUUCUGUCUUCGCACUCGAAGUCCUUGGACUUGGACAGGGGUCCAUCUACUCUGACUGUCCAAGCGGAGCAACGGAAGCACCCCAGCUGGCCCAGGCUGGACAGGAGCAACAGUAAAGGGUACAUGAAACUAGAAAACAAAGAGGACCCCAUGGACAGGUUACUUGUGCCACAAGCAGCAGUCAAGAAAGACUUUACCAAUAAGGAAAAGCUUCUUAUGAUAUCGAGAUCUCAUAAUAACUUGAGUUUUGAACAUGACGAGUUUUUGAGUAACAACCUAAAGCGGGGAACUUCUGAAACAAGAUUUUAAUAUUUAAAUUGCAAUUUAGGAGAUGUCAUACAGUAUUUUUUAAAAAAAAAAACCCAACAUUUUGACAAGUGUUUCCUUUUCAGUGAGGUUAGUACGAGCCUGUUUUUAACCAAAUGCUUAAUAGCCCGUUAAAAUUGGCGUGUGUGAACAGAGAUCUUCAUCUUUGUAAUGCCAAGAGGUUUUUUGUCUUAGCAACAUACAGCUGCAAUACUGUACAUUAUCAUUGCCCAGAGAGUUUCAGGUACGACUGAUUCCAAUUUUUCCCAAGUCGUAAUUUCUUUUGUUCUAUAUAAGCAUGUCACUUUUUUAUCACUUUGACUCCAGAAGCCUGCAUUAGAAAAAAGAAAAAGCUCAGUUUACCUGUAAAUUAUCUUUAUUUAAUGACUGCAAGAGUCUAAAACUGGUUCUUGUGGUCUGGAAGGGGAAGUGAGCAGGAGCACAUACUGGAAUUGUCAAAUCCAGGCCUUUUUCCUCAGUGUUGUCUUUUCCAUAGGGUCCAUCUCGGUAACCACGAUCUUGCCAUCGUCAUUGUGAGAAACUUGUUUACAUAUUGGGGUGGGUGGAUAGAAAAGAAUGGGUAUAAUUAAAACCUUUUUUUUUUUUUUUGUGAAUUCAUUGUAAUCGGUCGAGUUGAAUACCAGUGUUGUGAAUUAUUAACUAUGCUUUGUACAAUGAUCUUUCUACAUCCAGUGUAGUUUAAUCCUGUGAUUCCGGGAAAACAUAUAUAAAGUAAGAAAUCUGGAAAUUUUUCUGGGAUUAGUUCUCUAAACCGCUUUGAUUGGCAGCAGUUUUAAAAUCAAAAUGUGCAGAUUCAAUUAAAAUCCUAGGAAUUGAUGAACGCCAGCAGGAUUUUAGAAACAUGAUGUAUAAUAAGAUGAUAUUGUGACAUGCAUCUAAAGAGAAUAAUGGAAAAUGAAUAUAUUGCCUCUCAUUUCAAUAGCAAGAAGCGAAAUUACUAGAUCUCUGUGUUCAAAACACUGAUACAAAGCAUACAAUCCAAUAUGUAUACUAAGAUAGUAGGAAAGCCCCUUGCCUAAAUUCUGAUUUAUGUAUUCCACGUAAUUAUUGGUGUGAUGGUUCACUGGAGGCUUAGCUCUGCCAAUUUGCAUUACAAGGUUUUGCAAAAGAAAGUGACAUUUAAAACAAUGUUUUUCUCAGCCGAGCAAGCCUCACAGUUGACAGUUGGAGGCUAUUGCUAAAGAAAAUGAGAAUUUGAAUGUGCACACCAGAAAGUUUCCAUGAAUUUCAUUAAGGUAUUUAGGCUGUGAUCCUGCCACCACAGCCGUGCUGGGGAGUGUCACUUCAGGUCUCGAGGCUCACCUAACAGGAUGUUGGUCUUAAUUGGUCAUUUUUGAUAUAUUCACUUAACCUAAAUACUCAGGAAUUAAUUUGAAUGGCUUUUCCCCCAAAAAGAAUCAAACCUGUUAAAAUGUCAUUGCUCUUCAAUUACUUUGAUUAGGAAAGAUCAAAGAUAAAAAUGCCCUCUCUUUUUUUUUUUUUUUUUUUUUUAAAGUAUUCAGCUCCGUAUUUCAACUGCGCGAUGUUUAUGUAUCAGGAGCGUCCCUCGCUCAGUGAAUCGAGGCGUAGUGUUAACUGUUAGAACCUCAAGCCUAUAUAUUGUAACAGAGUUGGCUAAAUAUUUUGCUAUGAAGCUUUUAAUAACCUUCUGGUUUGUGUUCUUAAGACAUUUGCUAUUUUUUGAAAUAAAAUGUCUAUCUACAUAGA